CAUUUUCUACGAUAUUCAGGCUCCGCCCAGGAGAAAUGGAAGGACACCAGAAACGCAGCAAUAUCUUAUUAGUAAAACUCUACCCUAAUGUUUGACAGUUGUUUCAGACCAAAGAUAUUUCGAGGACUUUAAUAAAUUUCUUGAAUAACUGGAACAUAUCUAUAGCAAAUGAAAAAUUGUGAAUGUCAUCAGUUUGUCAUUUACAUCUUAUUGUGAAUAUAAAAUUUUGUUUCAUUCAACAUUUAACAUUCGACCGGUCAGUGGACGAAUAAAUAAAUUUAAUAUAAAUAAUUUAAGCGUAAAAAAAUAUAUAUCUUUCAUACAUAAAAACCUAAAUAUCAUCUCUCAAAGAGGUAUUUUUCUGUCUCUAAAGAACCAGAUCUUGGAUAAGAAUGGAAAAACGUUAUUUGGAGAAUCCAUUUCCAGACUUUAUCAGUCCGGAAAGUACCCCAAUAAUUUUGGAUGAAGAACAUGUGAAGAAUCUAAUUUGUACUUACAUAGACGCAAUUAUGGAAACUUGUCAAAUUGGUCAUACAGAUGAAGACCAUAGAGGAGAUCUAUACGUGGGAAAUGCUGGGAUCGCAUUUAUGUUCUGGAAAAUGUCUAGAUCAGAAAAGGCCAAGGAACUUUAUCCAGCGCUUGAACAUGCAGAAACUUUUAUCCGCAAUGCCAAACAUAAUGCAGAACGAUACAAAAAACGUUCAGCGGAAAGAUAUUCAUUUUUAUGCGGAAAUGCCGGUAUUUUUGCUGUAUCCGCCGCUAUAUCACACGAUUUAAAACAUAUGGAAGAUCUAUCUGACGAUUUGACAAACUUUAAAGCCGGCAUACCAUCUAGCAAGGAAUUCAUGCAUACCAAAUAUGGUUGCGAUGAAGUUCUAGUAGGACGAGCUGGCUUCCUGUCUGGUUGUUAUUGGCUGAAUGAUAUACUUUGUGAGAAAAAAAUUACAGAUGAUGAUAUUAUCUCCAUUUGUCAAAUGAUAAUUAAUAGCGGUCGAGAGUACGCUAAGAAAACUAAAGCACCAUUACCUCUCAUGUAUCAAUACCAUGGCACAGAGUAUUUAGGUGCUGCUCACGGGCUAUGCGCCAUUCUUCACAUGUUAUUGGAUAGUCCGUGGUUUCGAACUGAUCCAAUAUCUGCACCCAGCGCGGAAUUGCGUGAUAUUAAACGAUCUAUAGAUUUUUUUCUAACCCUUCAAGAUUCGGAAGGAAACUUUCCUGUUGCAUUAGAGGAUUUGAAAAGUGGUCGAGAGAAACGAUUAGUACAUUGGUGUCAUGGCGCACCAGGUGCAGUAUAUUUAUUGGCUAAAGCUUAUUUAAUUUUUAAGGAAGACAAAUAUUUGCAAGCAGUACGCCGUUGCAGUGAUUUAGUAUGGAAGAAAGGAUUUCUACGUAAAGGACCAGGAAUUUGUCAUGGUGUCGCUGGAAAUGGAUAUGUCUUUUUACUGCUCUACCGCUUAACAAAUGAACUAAAAUAUUACUAUCGAGCAACUAAAUUUAUGGAACUGUUAACAGAUACAGAAUUUAAGCAUCGUGCACGUACCCCAGAUCGCCCACAUAGCUUGUAUGAGGGUGUAGCAGGUACCGUUUGCUUUCUAAUCGAUUUAAUUGAGCCACAUCAAGCUCAUUUUCCAUUCAUGGACGUUUUCCACUAAUUUUUGAAUUCAAAAUUAAAAGGUGACGAUUUUGUAAUAGUAUCGAAUAUACUAUAUGAGCUAAUGGGCACAAUUACAGUGCACAUACAUACAGCAUAUCAGGGAAUACUCAAGUGACGGAUAUAUAUUGUCAAAAUAUUAUAACUUGUAUUACCCUUAAGGUUUUUGGUUUUGUUAAAUAACAAAUAUGUUACCGUAGUAAAUCUAUUCCGGUGCAAUAUUGUUAGCAAAUUCGCAUUUGGCCUUAAAAGGUUGGGAUUACUACAUAACAAAUCCCAAAGAUGUUUGCAAAAAAAUAAGCUUACCUACAAAAUAUAUGCUUGAAUAUUCAACAUAAUAUUUAUAAAAAUUAUUCGA